AUGACACUGUUUUCAAUCAUUCGCAUUUUCCAGAGUCUACGAUCCGAAGAUACUUUCUACAACAUCUCGUCUUUGAGAACGGAUACACCCGACUCGUUGUCUGUAAAUACUCAUGGUCGAAAUACAUCAGACGUCGACUUGACUCAUAAUGCUGGAGUUGUUAGCACUGAGUUAGAAGAGAGAGAUGAAUCUACUGAUGAACCAACUCCGAAGAGAAAAAAACUGGACUAUGAGGACACGAAAAUCGAGAUUACCGUUGCCCAGCUGCAAGAAAUGGAACUACGGGGGACAGUUUUGCGACCAAUCUACUCGGAGAAAUUGAGCGAACUGAGAAGAGUCAAACUUGAAAAGAUGUUCGACAUACAAAAUGCUUCACUCACGACAAUCAUCGUGUCGAAAACGGAUACAAACAUGAGUCAAGGGAUUGUGCUUGAAGGGAGUCACAGAUUGUCGACAGUCCAGGAUCUCGAUUGCAAAUCAACUGGAUACUCCAAUUUCCGGAUUCCCGUGCAUAUGUUUGAAGUCGAAGACGGAGUGUUUUCGACGGCUUGGCCUCAUUGCUUACCGUUGAAAUUUUCGGAAACCUUCAAAACUCAAAAAUCUGUCUCUUCUCGAGUAAAUCUGGACUUGAUACCUUCUGUGAUAUUGGAUAUAGGAAUGGAGAUUCAUUCGAAAGAACAGUUCAGGACAAAAGGACAAUAUAGUUCUAAUGAUUCGGACAUAUUCAUAUUCAAGUAUCUGAAAAACACUAUCAACGAUACGGAACUUGAGAAACUUCGUAACCAUCCUCACGCAAGAGGGGAAUUCUGGAAUAAGUUGGAGGAUCGCGGGUUGGUGCUCGCUGCUGGUUCAUCAAAAGUGGCAAUGGUUCCGUUAUACGUAUUUCUUAUGAAGCCUUUAACGCAGAAGAUAAGUCUGAAGAAACUCGAAGCUGACAAGUUUCCAACUGCCCACAGAAUUUUUAUCAAUUUAAUGACUGCCAGUCUCAAAGAUGAUACCGCCACCGCUGAGCUCUUGUCCGGAUAUACGUCGUCGAAAAUGCGUGUUAUUAAACUUCAAACUGAAUUGGCAAAGAUAUCGGGUCAGGAGAAUGUUCGAUUAACUGAUAAUGAGAAUGAAGACAAGAGUGAAGAAUCCGAUUUCGUGGUACUUGAUACGAUUGACGAUAUUGAGGAUUCUUCUAUUUGCUUUUUUUACGAAACAAUUCCGACAGAUGAUGUUCAACAGAUGAUAUCCAAGAAACUCAAUCUCGUUGUCGCCGAGCCAUCUGGCGCAACAAUAAAAGAGAUCGCAAAAUGGCCGGCUGACCAAAUCACGUCGACUACACUAAACAGUUUGGUCUACAAUGGACAUGGGGCAGUUCGUUUCUGUUGUUUGUCAGGGGAGAGACUGCUGCCAAAAGGAUCGAGACAUUUAGCACCAGUUUCGUCACGAAAACUCUCAAAUUUUGUAUCCAAAUGGUUUCCAGGACAAACUGAUGGAAAAAUACAUACUGUCCGUGGUUUUUUUACUAUCCCCGAAGGAACUGAAUUUUAA